CGUGAGGAACCUUGUCCUCAGAGUGAAGAACCUUGUCCUUGGAGUGAAGAACCUUGUCCUCAGAGUGAAGAACCUUGUCCUCAGAGCGAAGAACCUUGUCCUCAAAGUGAGGAACCUUGUCCACAGCGUGAGGAACAUUGUCCUCAGAUUAAAGAACCUUGUCUUCAGAGAGAGGAACCUUGUCCUCAGAGUGAAGAACCUUGUCCUCAACGCGAGGAACGUUUUCGUCAGUGUGCGGAACCUUGUCCUCAGAUUGAAGAACAUUGUCCUCAGAGUGAAGGACCUUGUCCUCAGAGUUUAAAUAACCUUGUCCUCAAAGUGACGAACCAUGUCCUCAGGGUGAAGAACCUUGUCUUCAGAUUGAAGAACCUUGUCCUCAGAGAGAGGAACCUUGUCUUCAGUGUGAGGAACCUUGUCCUCAGAUUGAAGAACCUUGUCCUCAGAGUGAAGAACCUUGUCCUCAGAGUGAAGGACCUUGUCCUCAGAGUUUAA